ACGAUCAUGAUUAGAAUUGAUGAUCGGACGUUUUGAUUUCAUUGUCUAGUGAGGGGAUUGGUAAAGAAAUCUGCUGAAUUUGAGGGGUUCGUUGAUUUCUCUACUCUACCAAAGCUCUGUGGAGUCUGACCUGGAGCGAGCAGAGCGUGUGUGUUUCUAACAUCCUCCAAACACAGCGUAAGAGCAGGUGAACGUGUCACGAUGGCUGGAUGCUGGUGUGAGUGAGUGAGUGUUUCUGCUGUAUGCUGAGAUUAAGUGUAUCUGAAGCUGAUUCCUGGGGUCUCUCAGCGCACCCAUCAGAGGGAUGGAAAAAUGGCUGGAAAAGAGGAGCAUUCACACGAUGAACCUGCGGUCUGUGUUCACCGCCGAGCAGCAGAGGAUCCUGGAGCGCUAUUAUGAGAACGGCAUGACCAAUCAGAGCAAGAGCUGCUUCCAGCUCAUCCUGCAGUGUGCACAGGAGACCAAACUCGACUUCAGCGUCGUCAGAACCUGGGUAGGGAACAAGCGUCGGAAGCUGGCGUCUAAGGCCGAUCAGAACGGUGCUGCUCCAGCUGUGUCCCAUCAGCAUGUUUCUUGUGCGUCUGUGGCCGGCUCGCUGCUGACGGCUGAGAUGGCAGCCAUGAGGAGCAUUCGGCACGCCCCCCCGGUGACCCACCUCCUCCCUCCGCAGGCCUCGUCCUCCUCAUCCUCCUCUUCUCCAUCCUCUUCCUCCCCGCUCAGCGACGUGAUUCUGACUGGCAUUUACGCCAACUGCUUCAAUGCUUCUGCUCACAGCAGGACAGGGAUGAAGUCGUUUCCCACUCACUCAGAGACGGAGCCUGCCGCUCAUGAUUCUGCGGACGCAGCGGUGUAUCGCGGCGCUAUUGCAGUCGGCAUGCAUCGGAAAGCUCCCAUCAUCCCCGGCUCCAGUGCGCUCAAGUGCAGUCAGACGCUCAAGCCCUUCUCCUCCAGAGACUCGGCUGGAAUCGCUCCCAGUUGGGCCACGCAGCAGCCGUCCUGGCCUCAGACGUCCCCCCAGAAGCCAGCCCCGGCUCAGAGUCAGCAUGUUUUCCCUCCAGGCGAGCCGUCCCAGCGGCCUCCAGACCCUGCGGGGAGGAAGACGAGGCCGGGCGAGGCGGCCGAGGUCUUCUCGAUCGCGAUGGAGACGGGCGACGCUGAGGAUGAGUACGCCAGAGAAGAGGAGCUGGCCAACAUGGCGGCGCAGAUGCAGUGCAGUAAAGGCAGUGUGGACGGUGGGCGGAGCUCCAGCGCUGCUUCCUCUUCCUUGACUGACAGCCCAGGACUCACCGAGAGGAGCCGGCCUGCUGUCUCUGGAGAGAAGGGGUGUCACACCAGAACAUCGUCCCCCGGCAGCGUCCCGUUAAACCUGCUCUCGCAGACAGCUUCCAGAGCCCCCUGUCUCCAGGUAACAAGCAACCUGUCGGCUCCCUGGCUUCACGGUAACUCACGGAAGAGAACGCUGCAGGACAGGACGCAGUUCAGCGACAGAGACGUGUUCACGCUGAAGCGCUACUGGGAUAAAGGCAUGACCAGCCUGGGCUCUCUGUGCAGAGAGAAGAUCUCAGCGGCCGCCAGCGAGCUCCGAGUGGACUCAGAGAUCAUCAAGACGUGGAUUGGUAACCGCAGACGUAAGUACCGUUUGAUGGGCAUUGAGAUCCCUCCGCCUAAAGGAGGGCCGGUCGUGUUCCCGAAUCAGUGCGAUCCUCACUCCCCUCACAUCCUGGAAGAGGACGGUCUGACUCCGGAGCUCGGAGAGGCCAGCGAACACAAUGGUGUGGUGUCGCUCUGUUUGUCUGACGAUGGAGCCAGUGAUUUAUAUCUGAAGGAAGAUGAUGAUGUGAACGAUGAAUCAGAUGGCGCCACUCCUGCUAAACAUGUGAAGAUUGAAAUCGUCGAAGAAGAAGAUGAGGACGAUGAUGAUGACAUUUUGUCCUCAGAGAUGGAACAGAUGCAAAACCUGUUAGAGUUCAAGAAUGAAGAAGUGCAGUUCCUUGAGAAUGAGCUGCAGAGUCAGAAACAGAAGUUCUUGAAGCUGAAGAGCUUCACCAAAAGCCUGCUGAUCGCUGUGAAAAACAAAGACAGAAAGAAACAGCGGGAGCUGUUAGCCAGUCUACCUCAGAGAGUGAAUGAAGACUGGGACCUGGGCCUGGAGAACCACAGCGAGUCUGGCAUAGAGAUGGCCACCAUCCAGAGAGAGUCCUCUGCAUCAGAGGAGGAGGACACAGAUCAGAUGAGACUGUAAACGCAGGGCAGCUUCCACCUCUUCUGUUCCUCACACAUGCCACAUAGUGCCUGUGGAAAUGAAAAAAAUCAACUGUUGGAUCCCACGGGUCAUUUUCUACAGCAUAUGUCAUAUCAGACUGCCUUGGACGGGUCCAGUACUAACAAAUAAAUAACACUAAGUUAACACAA